UCUCUCUCUCUCUCUCUCUCUCUCUCUCUCUCUCUGUAUGUGUGUACGUGAGCAGGAGGGUCACUCACUCUCUCACUCACUCAGCGCGCGCGGUCCGGACGACUGUCUUUAUCCGGAUUAUUCCUAAAACCAUCAUCAUCCUCAUUUUCUUUUUCUUUCUCAGCAUCAUCAAUCCCAUUAGUAACAAUACAAAACCUUUGCGAGGCGGCAUGGAAAAAGAGCGCAAGCUGAAGGUGUAGCCUAUUGAAAGUGAAAACUGCGAUGCCCGGAAAUAAUCUGAAAGACACCAUGACGGUCCCAGAGUGCUCUCCUCUUAAAGCCAACAACAAUAACAAAAAUGAACCACCACUAUCAAUACCUAUCCCUCUGGUGAACGACGGUCCUCUGACAGCAGCGACAGGGGGUACGGAGCUCUCGUGCUUCCGCUGUACCCUUCCCUUUGGAGUGGUGGUGCUGAUUGCCGGCAUCGUGGUCACUGCUGUCGCCUAUAGUCUUAACUCUCAUGGAUCCACUAUCUCGCACUUAGGCCUGGCGCUGCUGUCAGCCGGCGUGGCUCUGCUCGGUCUAAGCGCUGCCUGCUGGAAACUCCGCAGUGAGAAGAAGAAGGAGGAGCGGAGACGGGAGAGCCAGGCUGCACUAGUCACCAACCAGAGGAUCGUCUAAUGAUUGGUGGAUGUUUUUCAAAAUUCUUGGAAUAUUAAUACAAAAGACUGCUGGUCAGAAAAAAAAUUACUCUGCAGAAGCACUCUUCACCUCUUCAGAAACUUUUUGCUUGACAUUUUCAUGAAGACUCUGACUAAAACCAAAAAACUCUGGAUUUUAAACUUCUUUUCACUAGUGGUCUUUCCACAUGCCUUUAGAUUAUUCCAUGUAACAGGAAUGUAUGGAUAAUCUGACCAAAAUAAAUGAAUUAUUCAAAUUACCAGAAACAUCCUAUGAUGUCUACAAACCCAGACUCAAAAUCUUCAGGAGCAUCUUUACCUCAGUGAUGUCUUAAGAUUCAUACUCCAAAUUCAGAUUCUAGAUACUCAAUAAAUUCAUUGUUCUUGCUAAACAGUAUUUUUCUAGACACAAGCCACAAGUCAAAUUUAAUCCUGUGGAUUUCAAAUCUUUGAACAAUCCACUAGUAGCCUCAGUAUCUACUAUCUGAAUAAUGGUUCCUAUUCAGGAAUGGUUUCCUUUCACAAAGUCAGACAUAUCCAGAAUAAUUAUCCCCAUAUGAUUUUCUCAGUGUCUAGAAUAUCUUUCUCCAAUAAUUAUAUACUUAAAGCAUCAGGAAAAAUACACUUGAUUCUUAUUGCAAGUGCAAUUAUUCCACAAAGAACGCUCAGAAAACUUGGAACUCCUCAGACAAACAUGUUGGUUAUGGACUCCUCCAUAGUGGACUUUUCACUAAUUGUCUUUUGCUUCAUGGCUACAAAAUACUUGGGAAUUUGUUUAUUUAAUGUGGUUACAUUUUUCACAGCAACAGCAGCAUGUUUCUUUGAAGACUUCAAGCCAGAAAGUCAGACCCAAAAAUCACUGAAGAAUUGACUUAGCAUUUACGGUCUCCAGGCUUUCCACAGCUGCUUAUUGAUUUUCAAAUGAACUUCCAGAAACCACUAUACAGUUGGAGUUCAAACUCAUUAGACAUAAAUAUUUUGGAUUUGGUCUCUUAGGUUUUAUGUUCUUGCUUGAGAUUAUUUGGCAGAAAUCUUUUAUUGGGGGUCAGACUCUCCAGGGUUCCAGGAACAUCUUUUCCUGCUAACUGAAGUCUCUCCUGUGUGAAAAUCCUUUUUUUUAGUGACUCUAAACCUUCACGGCAUCAGGAAUGUCUUCUGAUUAUGAUCGCGUUGGAUGCUCUGAUGUUUUCUCUGAUUCAAUGCCUAUAGAAAUGCCUGUGAAAUCACUGGACUUCAGACAUGUUCUGGUUCAGAUCAAAAGAGAAACGCGAGCACAAAUGGUUUGCAUUUAUUUUUCAUUUCCUGUACCAACUUUGCCUGGAAUUUCUACACCACGGGUGAAAAAGCUGCCUUAGCAAGGGGAAACUGUGACUGCUUGAGGUGGAACCAUGAUCUCUGGACAUUGCUGGAUAAUGGGAUUUCACUUGGAACUCAACAUCUUCAUACUGGAACUUUUUGUAUUUGGACUUUUGUUAACAGAAUUAGUGGAGAUUAAUAGGCUCAUUGUUAAAACUGUGGCCUGCAUAGUGAUCUACAACCAGACACAAAAGGCUCUCUUACUCAUGACUGGAAAGUCCCACCUCACUUCACUUCGAUUCUGAGCAACAGAACUGCGUUUUAUUUCUGUUUCCAUGACGAGCAUUAAAACAUUUAAACAAUAAGAAGAACAAAAACCAGCCGUGAAGGGUUUAAAUCUACAGCUUGAGGCUACUAGUCUUUGUAGUGUGAUUAGUGUGUGAAGGGUCACAGACGUGAACAAGGCAUUUCUGGAUAUGCACAGCUGUUUCCAGAUGUGCAGGAGUUGCAGGACGCUGACCUCAAAGGUCCCCCGUCGCAGACUUUUAUUAAAGCGAUUAACUGCGGUUCCUUUUGUGCUUUGAAGUGGACCUGCAGGAUUUUUGGAAAUUUUAUUUCUUCCUUCCCGCUACUCUUCUCUCUCUUCUCAAUUUCUCUCUCUCUCUCUCUCUCUCUCUCUCUCUUAUAUUCCAGAUUGUUUGCAUCUUUUUAGCUGGGCAGUGAGCCAAACUACAGGCGUCAGGAUUAAGACAAAUAGCUGCACUACAAUCCGAAAGAGAGGGAGAAACACAUUCAUUCAACUCCCCUUCAUCCUCUCAUUGUUUUUUUAUCUACGUUUAUCCUCACCUUCACUUUCUCUCUCCUUUAGACUGGAUUGCCUCUCGCACUUUUUCCUCAGCAAAAUGACAUGGUACUUAUAAACAUUAUAUUUUGAUGGUAUGUAAACUUCGGUCCGAGCGACUGAAGGACUUUAUUUGCUGCAUUCAUUAUUAAGACUCUAUAACCGUGUCACAUGAGGCACAAACUUGGUGCCCGUCAGAGCCGUAGUGACUUAUAAGACGUGACAAUAACUAAUGAGAAUGGAUGUAACUAUAGAUAACUAUAGAUAACUCUAUAUGAUGCUCUAUGAUAUCAGUAUUGGAUUUGUAACUGUCUAACUGCACUUUGCUGUAUGGAUAUAAACAGUGUUUGAUAGACGUGAGGUUCUUCUCAACCUCCAAACAGUGUUUAUCAAGAAUUUUUGAAUCAAUAAAUAAAUAAAUAAAAUUAAUCAGUUGAACAA